AAAGAAAUUCUUAACGUGCGGAAACGAUAAAUUUAUAAAAUUAGCAAAAUUGUGAUGUGUUAAAUAUAUCGAAUAAUCAACUCACAUCUUUUAAUUAAAAUUUAAACAAUAAAUUUACCGAAAUCCAUUUUUCUCAACUUAACGAUACAAAUAAUAAGCUUACGAAUUAUUAAAACAAAAGUAAGCUAAUCACAAUUAUGUAGAGAGAAAAAAGAAGAAUGCUUAAUAACUGAUUAGCAGCAAAAUGAUCUAAUAUUUCUCUUCAUUUGCUUUAUUAUAAAAUCCUUGAAAAUUGUUUGAAAUCAUUGCCAAUAAUUUUCUACCUCAGCAAAACACAUCAGUGUUAAUGUAAAACAAAUGCAAUAUCUUUUAAGUCAUUUCAAAUUUGUAUUGAAGUUUUUAUGACUUAAUAGAAUGAUCGGAAAGAUUUUAUCAACAGUUUUAUAUACAGUAAAGCAAAGCUUAUCAGAAAGCGUGAAAAAUAAUAAAAAAAAGUGAAGAUAACAAGAGUUACACUGAAGUUAUAGUGAAACAACAAAAGUAACACAUAUGCAUGUUUAUAAGACACGUCAAAGUGAAGGUCAAUGCAAGCUAAAUUAUACGCUAAUGACAUAAACUGCAAAACGGAUUUUUCUUUUAUUUUUGAAGAAAAUGUGUUCCUCGCAAAUUGUCGGCAAUUUGGAGAUGUCAACGCAAUUGCAUGGAGCUCUAAACUCCCGCGCAAUAAGUACCACACCCACACCGACGACAGCGAAAACAAUAAGAAAAGCGUACACGUCAAUUUACCUUUUCUUACAUACACAUUAUUUAUUUUGUUUAUUGUUGAUACUACAUAUAAUUUCGUUUGCCGUUUGUGAAAUAAUACCCACAGAGAUUUUAUCCCGUAAAGAACGAGAAGAAUUGAGGGAAGAAGCUCGGGAUAUGUUUUACCAUGCUUAUUACGCGUAUAUGGAUAAUGGUUAUCCAGCUGAUGAACUGAUGCCUUUGAGUUGCAAGGGACGUUACCGAGGGAUCACGCCUUCACGCGGCGAUAUGGAUGAUGUUUUGGGCAAUUUUUCUAUGACAUUGGUUGAUACUUUGGACACUUUGGUUCUGCUGGGAGAUUUAUCAGAAUUUGAGAUUUCGGUUAAAUACGUAAUACGCGACGUACAAUUUGAUAAUGAUAUAAUUGUGUCAGUAUUUGAAACUAAUAUACGUAUGAUUGGUGGAUUGCUGUCCGCACAUCUGCUGUCUGAGUAUCUACAAAAAAACGUUGAUAUAAUGCCAUGGUAUCGGGGAGAACUAUUGGAAAUGGCACGUGAUUUAGGAUACCGCUUGCUUCCAGCUUUUAAUACAACCACUGGUAUUCCCCAUGCUCGCAUUAAUUUACGUUAUGGUAUGAAAGACGAUCAACUAAAAAGAUCCACAGAAACAUGCACAGCUUGCGCUGGAACAAUGCUAUUGGAAUUUGCAGCCUUGUCAAGAUUAACAGGCGAUCCUAUAUUUGAAGCCCGGGCUCACGCAGCUAUGGAUGCUUUAUGGAAAUUGCGACAUCGAGGGUCCGAUCUUAUGGGUACUGUUUUAAAUGUUCAUUCGGGUGACUGGGUGCGUCGAGAUUCGGGCGUUGGUGCUGGAAUUGAUUCCUAUUAUGAAUAUCUUUUUAAAUCCUAUAUUUUGUUGGGUGACGACAAGUACUUAGCUCGUUUUAAUCGUCAUUACAAUGCAGUGAUGAAAUAUGUCAGCGAUGGGCCGUUGUUUUUGGAUGUGUUGAUGCAUCGUCCUCAUGCCAAAUCGCGUAACUUUAUGGAUGCUUUACUAGCUUUUUGGCCUGGAUUGCAGGUACUGUCAGGUCAUUUGAAACCGGCCGUACAAACACACGAAAUGCUAUACCAGGUGAUGCAAAUGCACAAUUUUAUACCAGAGGCUUUCACUAUGGAUUUUCAAAUUCAUUGGGGUCAACAUCAUCUUAGACCAGAAUUCAUCGAGUCUACCUACUUCUUAUACCGGGCUACCGGUGAUCAUCAUUAUUUGCAAGUAGGCAAGAAAGUUCUCAAGGCUUUGCAAAAAUAUGCCAAAGUUCCUUGCGGAUAUGCAGCCGUUAACGAUGUUCGAACUGGCAAGCAUGAAGAUCGCAUGGAUUCGUUUGUUUUAUCGGAAACGUUUAAAUAUCUAUAUUUACUUUUCACUGAGCCACGCGAUCUUUUAAUCAAUUUGGACGAAUUUAUAUUUACAACUGAAGCUCAUCUAUUACCUCUAUCGUUGGCUCAAUUGGGCAAUACAAGCUACAAUUUCCGUCAAGCCGAAGAGCAUAAUAUUAUGGAUUUUAUGCGCACCUGUCCAAGUUCGAAUAAACUUUUUCCUGAGAAAGUCCGCCAACCUUUGCGUAACCUUGUUACCGGCUCCUGCCCGCGUUCACCGGCCACAAAAAAGUUACUUGCUGUGGACUUUCAAGCAAGCAAUGCUGAUCAUUUACGAACUGUUUACGACAUGGGCAUCACAAUGGUUUCUUUAGGUGAUGGCAAGGUGCGACUGUUUCAUAGUUUUUAUAAUGCCAAAAGUCCUGAAGAUGGAGAAAUGGGCUUAAUGUUUAUGGAGGAAAUGAUAGAAUUAACAAAAAUGCAAAGUCUCAAUCAGUUGGCGCAAUUACAAGCUGUGGCUUAUAAAAAAGAUGGCAUCAAAAGCAACGAUUGGAUUGCAUUGAUGGCAGGUCCUUCUCACUUUGGUCCUGAACUUAUAGAAGAUAAUUUUGUAGAAGGCGAGGUUAUAAUUGCGGAUCCUAUAAGAGCUUGUGGACCCGUUUUGAAGAAUGCUGAAAAGGCACGUGCAAAAAUUGUUAUAGCUGAGCGUGGCGAUUGCACUUUUGUGAGUAAGGCUCGUGUAGUCCAAUCAGCUGGAGCCUUAGCCCUAAUAGUCUGUGAUAAUACACCUGGUUCUUCGGGUGAAUUCCAACCCAUGUUUGCCAUGUCUGGUGAUGGCGUUAAUGAUGUUCAUAUUCCAGUUGUUUUCAUGUUCUCUCAAGAGUUUAAUAAGCUCUCUGCUGCAAUGCAUAACAAACCAGAAAUGCAGGUACGCAUUAUGCAGAUGAUUGAAUUUAAACGCUGGCAAAUGACCAAAGAAAGCAAAGCCAAAAACGAUACAAUAACUUUAAAAGCGACAGAAAGCACUGAAGAAACGACAACUUCAACUUCAACAACAAUGCAUACUACGAAGAAAACAAAGCCGGACAAAGAAUUGUAGUAGUAAUUACAUAUUUUUAUUUCGCAAAUGGAAAAUGAACUUUCGUUAUGAAUUUGAAAGGUUCGGCUAUUUCAAUUUUUUUAGUUUAUUUCGUAAAACGGCGAAUUCUUUACAUUUUUUAAUUAUAAUGGAGAAUUGUAAUGGAGAAUGAAAAAUGUUCAUAAUUGAUGCUGUUGCGUAAAUUUCCCCUUUUUUAAAUAAUUUUAUUAAAAACUUCGCAUUUGUUGAAUCACAAGAAAUGGUUUAAAAAUUGUUUUAAUAACACAAUACUAUACACAUACUUCAACGCAUACACAUUUCCACACGUAAUUACUUAAACACAAAAAUAUUGCUUUUUAUUUUGUUUUUUUUUUUUAUUAUUUAUUUCUGGUGAUUUUAGCUUUCGUAUCUAUUAUCUAUCACAGGAA